UGUCUUUAUAUAUAAAUAUAUAUACACACACCUCAGCCCUCUCCUACGACUUCUCUGCAAUUCUCAUCCCAUAAUAACCAAUGGUGGUUCUCUCAAAACCCGCUUUCGACCACUUCAAGAACUGCACCACGUUCUUCCCCGGUAUCCCAUUGGUGGACCUAUCCAGGCCCGACUCCAAAACGCAGCUCGUGAAGGCCUGUGAAGAAUUCGGAUUCUUCAAAGUCGUCAAUCACGGCGUCCCCAUUCCCUUAAUCAAAGAAUUGGAAUCAGAAGCCGUUAGAUUCUUCUCCUUGCCCCACUCUGACAAAGCAAAAGCAGGGCCGCCCGACCCGUUUGGCUACGGCGACAAGAGGAUCGGCCCGAAUGGUGAUGUGGGUUGGGUCGAGUACUUGCUCUUGACCACCAACACUCACUCGGGUUACCAAAAGUUCGCCUCCAUUUUCGGUGAAGCUGCAGAAAAUUUCCGUCGGGUUGUGAAUGAAUACGUGUUGGCUGUGAGGAGAAUGGCGUGCGAGAUUCUUGAAAUGCUGGCGGAUGGAUUGAAGAUUCAACCAAGAAACGCUUUUAGUAAACUUCUGAUGGAUGAAAAGAGCGACUCUGUUUUCAGGCUGAAUCACUACCCUCCACGCCCCCAGGCCCAGCUCCAAGACCAAUCCAACGGCAGGAAUCUAAUCGGGUUCGGGGAACACACCGACCCGCAAAUAAUUUCUGUUCUCAGAUCCAACAACACUUCGGGCCUUCAAAUCUCACUCAAAGAUGGGAGUUGGAUCCCUGUCCCGCCCGAUCAAACUUCUUUCUUCAUCAAUGUUGGCGACUCGUUGCAGGUAAUGACCAAUGGGAGGUUCAAGAGCGUAAGACAUAGGGUUGUGGCCAACAGCUCAAAAUCAAGGCUGUCAAUGAUAUACUUUGGAGGACCACCACUGAGUGAAAAGAUAGCUCCAUUGGCUGCACUAAUGGAAGGGGAGGAAGACAGCUUGUACAAGGAGUUUACAUGGUUUGAGUACAAGAACAAUGCUUACAAGACAAGACUGGCUGAUAAUAGGUUGGGCCUGUUUGAGAAAAUUGCAGCAUCCUAGUUAAUAAUGUUUUGGUCAUUUCCUAGGUUAGAGAGUGUUAAGUGGUGGUGGUGUUCUAAGUUGUAUAGGGUUUUCUUUAGUAGUCAUCAUGUAUACAUAUAUAGAUGGUCAAGUUUGUUACCCUUUUUUAGUUUUUUGCUUGUUCAUCAUUUUGAUUUCGCUUCUCAUAUAUAUAUAUAUAUACACAUGAUGUACACUUUCUUGUUAAUAAUACAAAGUUCCACGUUUCAAAUGU